CCGACCCGUCCGUCUUAUGAGACCUCUAGGGUUUUGACCCUCCCCUCAUUAUAAAUAGCAUCUUCUAACCAGUCCGCUCCACCUCUACAGAUUUUGGCGACUGCUAGCUAGGGCUUCUUCUUCUCUCUCGCAAUCAUGGGGCACUCCAACGUCUGGAACUCUCACCCUAAGAGCUACGGCCCUGGAUCCCGCACCUGCCGCGUGUGUGGAAACCCCCACGGUCUGAUCCGCAAGUACGGGCUCAUGUGCUGCAGGCAGUGCUUCCGCAGCAACGCCAAGGAGAUUGGAUUCAUCAAGUACCGUUAAGAGCUUGAGCUUGUUGAUCUUGGAUGGACUAGUAUGCCGUAGCAAUGCUUCUGUCGUUUCAGUGUAGUGGCUUUUGCGCUUUGAUGAACUCUUGAGAAGAUGUUUUUGUUUAAUCUACUUUUGAACUGUCAAGUCAAUUGUUGAACUGUGAUUGUUAUGGAAUUAAUGACUUAAACUUACUCUUCUC